UCUCUUCGUUGCCUAGACCAGAAGAAAGCCGGGACGUGACGGAGCCGGGGGGUUCUGCUUACUGGAGGCCCGUUAAACCACUGAUAAAAACAGCUUCCUCGCAGUUUCUUCGUCGCUCAAGAGACGUUUGUGAUUUAACUUGACGCUACGUAUUUUUUCAUCUUAGAACUAAUUUCAUAAACAUGUCCUGGCAAAGCUACGUGGACAACCUGAUGGCUGAUGGCAGCUGCCAGGACGCGGCCAUUGUUGGGUACACGGACGCCAAAUACGUCUGGUCAUCGUUUGUCGGCGGUACCUUUGCCAACAUAACGCCCGAAGAAAUCGACGUGUUAAUAGGAAAGGACCGAGAGGGAUUCUUCACCAGUGGGCUGACCUUAGGCAAUAAAAAGUGCUCCGUAAUCAGAGACAGCCUCUCCAUUGACAGCGACUGGACAAUGGACAUCCGGACAAAGAGCCAAGGAGGAGAGCCAACAUACAAUGUUUCUGUAGGCAGAGCUGGCAAAGCAUUGGUUUUUGUCAUGGGGAAGGAAGGUGUCCAUGGAGGGCAGCUCAACAAGAAAGCAUUUCAGAUGGCUGAUUACCUGAGGAAGUCUGGAUACUAAAGCAGCCUGUACCCAGCCACCUAGCAGCUCACCCUUACCACCCUGUUGCAUUUCACACUGCUUCCAGUCCUAGUUGGUAGUUACUUUGUUUUUCUUUUUCUGCCUUCCCGCCUCCCCAUUUGUUAUCCCAUGUUUGUUGUCAUCUUCCCCUAACCCGUCCUCUUCCCUCAACACACUUGGGCUGUGUACUCUUACCCCCUUAAGCACUAUAAGUUGAUCCAUAGCAAAGAUGAGCAUGUUGCUAACAGGAUGUCAUGACAAAUCUGUACUUAACCAAGACCAGCAAAAAAAACUCUGGCCAAACACCUGGACAAUGAAGGCUAUAGCGUCAAUUUGAAGUAGAUAUUUCUUUGUUUUCUCUCUGUCAUGGUGCCCAUUACUAAAUCCGCCCCCAAACCUGAUCAUACACACUCCCUCCCUGAGCAGCCGAUGCCUUUGGAGCACUUGAGCGCUAACCAAGCUCAUCAUGUCUUCCUCUUCUAUUUCCCCCAUCGUGUCCGGGAGGACAGACUGUGUGCAUAUCUCGGUCCGUUGUCGUUUCCCCUCUCACAUCCACCACUACCCCCCUCCACACUCCCCCCUGCCAAAAUUUUCAGUUCCCCCCAUUUCCCCAUCCUGUUUGCUCAAAGCAGGCAACAAUACAAACCUCACAGGAGACUUGCAUCUUCAUUGAACACGCCAUCCAACCAGUCCCUAACUCCUCUCCUUUCAGAUUCACUCUUCUGUCCUGACUACAUUUUAUUAAGAGGGGGUAGCGUGUGUGUGUGUUGGGGGGCGGUGCUUGGAUUGGCUCAGUUAAUCAUCAUGAGCCUGAGUUGCGAGCGCUGGUGUCGGCCAGGUGCUGGUAGCCUCUCCUCCCGUCAUCACAACCUCCCCGACUACACGAAAACCCACGGACAUUCCACAGUAACAAUGGCUCAGGCACUUAAUACUGUUUUUGUUUGCCACCUCCUGUAAUAUAUAUAUAUUUUUUCUUUUUGUUUUUCAAAGGCUGCCAUUUUUGGACAGUAGAAAUCCCAGCAUAUAACCAUCUGAAGUUUGAAUUUUUUUUCUUUUUAUAGGACCAAGUGUAGUCGAAGCUCGGGUGUUUAUACUAUUGCUCUAAAUCAUGUGAAGGAUGACUGCUAACUUUUUUCUGAUGAUGGAAAGUCUAACCACACAGUAAUGCUUACUAUGGUUAAAAAUUAAGACGCUACAGGGGAGGUAAGGGUGGGAGUAUCUGAAUUUUUUUUUCGUUGUUUAGAAAACAAAACAACUGCUUUGUACAAACCCAUGCUGUGUUGACAACUACAAAACUGUGGAAUAAAUUGCCUUCUACUCUAUAGUCAGCUGAGCUCUGGGGUAUCACACGGUCUGUCCACGCUCAGUACUGCUAACUGUAACGUCCAACUGAGGAAAAAAAAAACCUUUCAAAAGUAGAAAUGACACUCAAUGGGAGAUGGGAUUGGUUGGAACAAAAACACUUAUGGUUGUCUUGUCGAAACUUAACUGCAGAACCUGUGUAUCCUGUGCCAUAAUAUAGAGAGAUCUGUUGCUGUUCUAAGAUGGAUUUUACCCACUGUCCACUAAGUCAUUUCAUUGGCACUUUUUUUCUUUUAGCUUCAGCUCCACUGUUUAGGCCUUGUGGGAUAUGUGUACUCAUAAAAAACCCGUUUCAAGUCCUGUUGACUUAUGUUCAUUUCCUUUUCCUCACCACUUUUUUUCUUACAUCUGGGAUACAGUCUCUUUAAUGCAUCUGAUUUCAUAUGCAUAAAACCAAGAAAUGCCAUAAAUUGAUUUAUCACCUUGUUUACAGACAGAUCAAAUAAAUUUAUUCCAACCA